UAUACAUUUCGCUUUUGAACAUAGCCUAAAAUUAAUUUUUUAACCUAUAAAGUCAACAUUAAGAAUUGUAAUUGUUAUAUUUGUUCUGUGAACAGCAAUUAUGAAUUCCAUUUUAAAACUUAGUAGGCAUUUCCUGAAAUUGGAACCAAUCAAGUACAGCAACAGGGCAAUCAGCAUAUAUCCGCAUUUGAAGCUGAAAGAAAUUUAUGAAACGCAAAAUGGGAAGGAGUUAUUGAUCGAAGGUGUGCAUAUUGAAUCACCUAGAUCAAAGUAUUCUCUGAAGAUGGAGGAUGCAAAUAAAUGUUCACUCUGUGCAUUGGAUUUGGAAGUGAAACACACUGAUGUUCUGAUCCUUAGCCAGUAUGUUCGUAAUGAUGGGUGCAUGUUGCCACGAAGAGUCACUGGACUUUGUGGUAAACAGCAAAGGAGAGUCUCAUCUUUAGUUACGAUGGCCCAGAAGGCUGGUUUAAUGUCAAAUUUGAAUCCAGCAAACAGUAAUAAGGACCCAAAAAAGAGGAACGGUUAUAAGAAAUAUAAUAAGUAUUUUGAUGAAAGCACAUUGAAAAAGUAUUGAGAUUUAAACAAUUCUAAUACAAAUUUGUAAAUACUUAUGGAUGAAUUAAACAUUUGUUUUAUGUUUAGUAUAGAUUAGAAGGUGAUAAAUAUUUCCUU